AUGUUCAACCUUAUGAAAAAGGACAAGGAGAGGGAAUCGGGUAGGAAGGAAAAGAAAGACAAAAAGGAGAGGAUGUCUGCAGCAGAGCUGCGAAGCCUGGAGGAGAUGAGCAUGCGACGAGGUUUCUUCAAUUUGAAGAGAGAGUCAAAGCGUGAGUCCAAGAACAAAAUUGAGAUCUCCAACCCAAUUCCUAUCAAAGUGGCCAGCGGCUCAGAGCUCACUCUGACUGACAUUGAAUCAGAUGGAAUGAGCAACAGAAGCAGUAUGGUCCUGGAUGAGCAGCUGAGCGCCGCCAGCUCCACGGAUGACCUGAAGGGUGAGGGCGGAGGUGGUCAGGAUCACCGCAACUCUGUACGAGAACGUGUAGCUCACUUUGGCUCGCUGGCGAAGCAGAACUCUUCGCAAAUGGGUCAAAUGAUAAAACGCUUUUCCUUUUCCCAAAGAAGCAAAGACGAGAGCUCUUCAGAGGCUUCCACACCUUCAGGCCAGAACGCAGAUUCUCCUCAAGUGGAGAGCAAAGUCUUCAACAUGCUGCGCAAACACAGCCUCACCCAACAGACCGCAAAACCCACUGUCAGACAGUUCUCGAUCCCCGAAGUGGUCGACAAGACAUUCCCCGCACGACUACAGCUGCCGGCCGUCGUCGCGCCCACGGCCCCCGAGACACGUGAGCUUGUACUUCAACGUCGCAACACGGGCGAUUUUGGAUUUUCCUUGCGUCGCACGACCAUGCUGGAUCGCAGCGCAGACAGAGGAGUCUAUAGGCGGGUUGUUCACUUUGCCGAACCCGGUGCAGGCACAAAGGAUCUGGCGCUCGGUUUGGUGCCAGGGGACAGACUGGUGGAAAUAAACGGACGCAAUGUAGAGAACAAAAACCGAGAUGAAAUAGUGGAGAUGAUCCGCCAGUCUGGUGACACUGUACGACUGAAAGUUCAACCAAUCCUGGAGCUGAGUGAGCUGAGUCGCUGCUGGCUGAGGAACACAGAGGACCUUCGAAGGGAGAUCAAACAUGUCAAGACUGAGGAGCAGAUAGCAGCAGAGCAGGCUUGGUAUGGCUCUGAGAAAGUCUGGCUGGUCCAUAAAGAGGGAUUCUCCCUUGCAACAGUAGUAAAGACAGAUCCUGACUCUCUGGCUGAAGGCAAGGUGAAAAUCAAACUCGAGCAUGAUGGGACAAUACUUGAUGUGGAUGAGGACGAUAUUGAAAAGGCCAACCCUCCAUCAUUCGAUCGGUCAGAGGAUCUGGCUUCACUACUUUAUCUUAAUGAAUCCAGUGUCAUGCACUGCUUGAGACAGCGCUAUGGAGGAAACCUCAUCCAUUCAUACGCUGGACCCAACAUGGUGGUCAUAAACCCCAUCAGUCCAGCCUCAAUGUAUUCAGAAAAGGUGAUGCACAUGUUUAAGGGAUGUCGACGUGAGGACUCUGCUCCUCAUAUAUACUCAGUGGCCCAGUCGGCCUACCGUAAUCUUCUUACCACAAGGCAGGACCAGUCUAUUGUACUACUAGGAAAGUCUGGUAGUGGCAAAACCACUAACUGCCAGCACCUUGUCCAGUACUUGGUCUCUAUUGCUGGCAGCACGGGUAAAAUCUUCUCUGCUGAGAAGUGGCAGGCUGUCUACACCAUCCUUGAGGCUUUUGGUAACACUUCGACCUCUAUGAACACCAAUGCCAGUCGCUUCUCACAUGUAGUUUCGCUUGACUUUGAUCAAGCCGGACAGGUGGCGUCUGCAUCCAUUCAGACAAUGCUGCUGGAGAAAAUGAGGGUGAGCAGACGGCCAGAGAAUGAGUCAACUUUCAACGUUUUCUAUUAUAUGAUGGCUGGGGCUGAUAACACCCUGAGAACUGAGCUACACUUUAACCACCUGGCUGAGAACAGCACUUUUGGAAUCAUUCCGCAAUCAAAGCCCGAGGAUAAACAGAGAGCAUCGCAGCAGUUUACUAAGCUGCAAGCAGCCAUGAAGGUGCUGGGCAUUUCUAGCGAAGAGCAGAAAGCUCUCUGGCUCAUCCUGGGAGCCAUUUACCACUUGGGGGCUGCUGGAGCCACGAAAGAUGGAGAUGAAGCGGGACGCAGACAAUUUGCCCGUCACGAAUGGGCCCAGAAGGCAGCAUACCUUCUAGGAUGCUCCUUGGAGGAGCUGUCUUCUUCAAUCUUCAAAAACCAGGCCAAAGGCAUGAAACACUCGACCUCGUUUAGAGGAGGACCAGAUGAAGCCGGCCAAGGUGAUGCAGCUUCAAAAGUCACGGCUCUGGAGUGUUUGGAGGCCAUGGCAUCCGGACUCUACUCUGAGCUCUUCACUCUGGUGAUAUCCCUUAUAAACAGAGCUCUGAAGUCCAGUCAGCACUCAUUGUGCUCCAUUUUGAUCGUGGACACUCCAGGUUUCCAGAACCCACAUCUUGCUCAGCAGCAGCGAGGAGCUACGUUUGAGGAGCUUUGUCAUAAUUACACCCAGGAGAGGCUGCAGACCCUGUUCCAUGAAAGAACCUUUGUCCAAGAAAUGGAUCGAUACAAGGAGGAAAACAUAGAACUUGCUUUAGAUGACAUAGAGUCCAGUCCUUCAGUCUCUGUAGCGGCAAUCGACCAGGCGUCAGCUCAAGCUCUGGUUCGUACUCUGGCCAGGACCGAUGAAGCACGUGGCCUUCUGUGGCUGAUGGAAGAAGAGGCAGUUAAUCCUGGUGGUUCAGAGGAGACUAUGCUAGAGAGGCUCUUCAGCUACUAUGGUUCCGCACAGGGAGAAAGAAAAGGAGCCAAUCUCCUGCUAAGAGGACCGAAGCCCCACCUUUUUAUGUUGGGACACAGUCAUGGAACGGACUGGGUGGAGUACAACACCCAGGGCUGGCUUAGCCAAGCCAAGCAUAACCCUGCAUCUCAGAAUGCAGCCAGUCUGCUGCAAGAUUCCCAAAAGAAAAACAUCAGCGGGUUGUUUAUGGGCCGUGCGACUGGGGCGACAGUGUUAUCAGGCUCCAUUGCUGGUCUCGAAGGAAGCUCACAACUAGCACUGCGACGGGCCACUAGCAUGAGGAAGACAUUCACUACAGGUGUAGCCGCAGUCAAGAAGAAGAGUUUGUGUAUCCAGGUCAAACUACAGGUGGAUGCACUGAUUGACAUGGUGCGUCGCUCCAAAGUCCAUUUUGUCCAUUGCCUGCUGCCCAAAGCGGAGGCAGUGGGUGGAGGUGGUGAGCCACGUGUUACACAUGGAGAGAGUGCAGAUUCAGGCCUCAUGACGUUGGACGUGGGUCUUUUAAGAGCGCAGCUCCGAGGAUCCAAACUGCUAGAUGCACUGCGCAUCUACAGACAAGGAUACCCAGACCACAUGGUCUUUUCAGAGUUCCGAAGGCGUUUUGAUGUGCUGGUACCACAUUUGACCAAGAAGCAUGGGCGCCAUUACAUUGUGACCGAUGAAAAAAGGGCAGUCGAGGAAUUGCUGGAGUCAUUGGAUUUGGAGAAGAGCAACUAUCACAUGGGGAUAAGCCGGGUUUUCUUCAGAGCAGGGACUCUGUCAAGGCUAGAGGAGCAGCGGGUUGUUCAGACCAGAAGAAACAUCUCUCUGUUUCAGGCUGCCUGCAGGGGAUAUUUGUCCAGACAAGCAUUCAAAAAGAGGAAGAUCCAGGAUUUGGCCAUCCGUUGCAUCCAGAAGAACAUAAAGAAGAACCGUGGGGUCAAAGGUUGGCCAUGGUGGAAGCUUUUUACUACGGUCAGACCUCUAAUUGAAGUGCAACUCACUGAGGAACAAAUCCGUGGCAAGGAUGAAGAGAUCGUCCAGCUGAAACAGAAGUUAGAGAAGGUGGAAAAAGAAAGGAAUGACCUGAGACUCAACAGUGACCGUCUAGAGAGCAGGAUCACAGAGUUAUCAACAGAGUUGACUGAUGAGCGGAAUACCGGGGAGUCUGCAGCUCAGCUGCUUGAGAGUGAAACAUCUGAGAGACUCCGUCUUGAGAAAGACAUGAAGGACCUGCAGGCCCAGUUUGACAGCAUGAAGAAGCAGAUGGAAUCUAUGGAGAUGGAAGUGAUGGAGGCUCGUCUCAUUAGGGCCUCUGAACUCAAUGGAGAAUUGGAUGAUGAUGAAUCAGGAGGAGAGUGGAGGCUGAAGUAUGAAAGAGCUAUCAGAGAAAUUGAAUUUACCAAGAAGCGACUGCAGCAGGAGUUUGAUGACAAGCUGGAAGUCGAGCAGCAAAACAAACGACAGCUGGAUAGAAGGAUCAGUGACCUGCAGGCCGAUAACGAAGAAUCACAACGAAAUAUCCAGCAGCUAAAGAAGAAAGCGCAGAGACUCACGGCUGAGCUGCAGGACACCAAACUUCACCUCGAGGGCCAGCAGAGCCGGAACCAUGACCUGGAAAAGAAGCAGAGGAAGUUCGACAGUGAACUCAGUGCAGCCCAGGACGAAGUGCAGAGGGAAAAGACAUUGAGAGAUAAACUGGCCAGAGAGAAAGACAUGCUCACCGGAGAGGCCUUCAGUCUCAGACAACAAGUUGAGGACAAGGACCUCGAAGUGUGUGCUAUCAAUCUUAAAUUGGAUCAGCUGGAGGCUGAACUACAAGAUCUCAACUCCCAAGAGUCCAAAGAUGAAGCAUCACUUGCUAAGGUCAGAAAGCAGCUUCGCGACAUGGAGGCAAAGGUGAAAGACCAGGAAGAAGAGCUUGAUGAGCAGGCAGGAACCAUCCAGAUGUUGGAACAGGCUAAAUUACGCCUUGAGAUGGAGAUGGAGCGUUUGCGCCAAACCCAUUCCAAGGAAAUAGAGAGCAAAGAUGAUGAAGUCGAGGAAAUAAGACAGUCAUACAGCAAGAAGUUAAAACAAAUGGAAGUCCAGCUGGAGGAGGAGUAUGAUGAAAAGCAGAAAGUUCUGAAAGAGAAAAGAGAGAUGGAGUCCAAGUUUCUAUCCGCACAGGACAAGGUGAGAAGUUGUGACGGUGAGACUGAGAAACGUCUGAGGAAAGACCUGAAGAGGACAAAGACUUUGCUGGCUGAUGCUCAGAUAAUGUUGGAUCACAUAAAAAACAAUGCACCAAGCAAGCGGGAAAUUGCUCAACUUAAGAACCAGCUGGAGGAAUCGGAAUUCACUUGUGCAGCUGCUGUUAAAGCCCGUAAAUCCAUGGAGGGGGAGAUUGAAGACUUGCAUGUGCAAAUGGACGACAUCUCAAAAACCAAACUGGCGCUAGAGGAACAGCUUAGCCGACUUCAGAGAGAGAAGAAUGACUUGCAGGCAAGAAUGGAGGAAGACCAGGAAGACUUGAAUGAGCUCAUGAAGAAGCACAAGGCUGCAGUGGCUCAGUCAGCCCAGAACUUGGCUCAGAUCAGUGACCUUCAAGCACAGCUGGAGGAGACACUCAAAGAGAAGCAGGAAGUACACGAAACGAUGCAAGCCCUCCAGAGUCAACUAGACUUCCAGGAGCAGUCCAUGGUGGAGAAAUCCCUCGUGAGCAGACAGGAGGCCAAGAUCCGAGAGCUUGAAACUAAGCUGGAAUUUGAGAGGACCCAGGUUAAACGCCUGGAGAGCCUCGUAGCUCGUCUUAAGGAAAAUUUGGAAAAACUGACAGAAGAUCGAGACCAACGCAGCAGCAGCGAGAUCCGGGAGAAGGAACAGAGCAAACGAUUGCAGAGACAGAUUCGCGACAUGAAAGAAGAGAUGGUUGAACUAGCCAAAAAGGAAGGAGAGUCCAGCCGCAAAAAGCAUGAGCUGGAAAUGGACAUAGAGAGCUUGGAGGCUGCAAAUCAGAGCCUCCAAGCAGACCUCAAACUUGCCUUCAAAAGGAUUGGAGACCUCCAGGCUGCCAUUGAGGAUGAGAUGGAGAGUGAUGACAACGAAGACCUUAUCAAUAGUUUACAAGACAUGGUGACAAAGUAUCAGAAAAGAAAGAACAAAACUCAAGGGGAUUCAGACUCUGACUCUGAGGUGGAGGGUCGUGUGGAUGGGGUGAAAUCCUGGUUAUCCAAAAGUAAGGGAUCCGCCAAGAAUUUUUCAGACGAUGGCAGCCUGAAGAGCUCCAGAUUUGCUAUAAACUUAGAUGCAAAAGAAGGGAAAGAGGGGUCUGAUGAUAAGGAAUGGAAAGAAGCAAAUAAAGAGUUUAAAGACAUAGAGCCAAGUCGGCCGUUAUCUGUGAUGAGCUCUCUUAGCUACAGAAAACGCUCCAACCUCAAUUCUCAAGGUGAUCAGCUACUCAAUGCACUUAAGGAAAAUGCUGAUUUGGAGGAUAAGCCAUCUUUCCAAAAGUCAAAAUCCAGAAGCAGUGAUCUUCAAGAGGACAGCUCCCGGAGGAAAUCGUUGGCAGCGGAUGACUUGGAUGACAGAAAGUCCGUUAUCUCUCAGGCGUACUCGGAUGCCAAUAGCUGGGCCAGGAAAAGCAUGGAAAGCCGCUGGUCUGACAAAGAUUCAACUGUUUCAUUUAUUCCACCGAGGCGGGCCUCUACUUGCCUUGGGGUAAGCCCAGACGAUGAUACGAAGUCUACUCUGAGCUUGAGUUUCUCAAACUCUCUUGGACGCCAUCAAAGUAGCUCACGUUUAGAUGAGCCAAACGGGAGGCGAUCGCUGCUUGGCAGUGUUCCCAACAGCCCUUCUUUUAGCAAGCGGUCUGGCAGUCGCAGUCCCGGUAGUGUCAGUCAAGCCGAUUCCCAUAUGUCACUGGCACGUAGCUGCCGUCUGAGCGAGUUUGCUCUUGACGUGGAUGAUAGCAGAAGUGUGGCCUUCACAGAGCACUCAUCUUUCAGCCAUUCUUCCGUUGGACGCAGUGUUUCCAUGCCACCGCCGCAAGCUCGAUCGGUUGCAGACAAUGAUCUCACUGAUAUCAAACCUGUCAGCCAUCGUAACUACCUGGACCCAGAACUGGAAAAGGCCAUCAAUGAAGUAUUGAGUUUUAAACCCAUUAAAUUCAAGCGCCGUAGCUUGGAGGACUCUGAUGAUGAGGAAGGACAAUCUAAAGAUGAUAGCGCGGCAAGACGUCCUUCCAGUAAUCUGCAACGCUCCGCAUCAGCCGUGAGCUGCUUGAGACCUUCUCGCAGCACCAGCAGCCGUGGACAAAACAGCAAAAGGAGGAACAGAAAAGGUAAGAAGAAGAAGAAACGAAGCAAUAGUUCUGAGUCUCAAAGUUCAAGUGACAAUCGUAGUCACAGAAGCAGCUCUAGGAGAUCCAAGAAGAAGUCUAGAAAGAGAGAAAAAUCAUCAUCAUCAGAUUCUGAAUCAGACUCUGGGUCUGGCUCGAGCUCUAGUGCCUCCACCAUAUCCUACCGCAGCUCUAGUAGUGUAAAGAAAGCCCCAUCUCAGAAGGUUGUCAACCCAGAGGAGAAAGAAGAGGAUGGGCCUCAACCCUCCAACAAAAAAGACAAGAAGAGAAAGAAGAAGGUGGACAGCCUUAUGAUGAAGUAUUUAUAUCGGCCGGAUAGUGAUUGA